AUGGCUGAAGAAUCGUACAAGGACUACCUGGCUGCCCGUCUGCUCACGGAGAACAAGCCUGUCACAUACCGGCUGUUGUCGCGCGCACUCCAGGUCAAUGUCAACUCGGCGAAGCUGUUUGUGUGCACCAGCUAG